AGUGAAGCGCUUCGAUUAUCUUCGCUUGUAGCGUUGACAAUAUCGUACUUGUUCGAGCAGUCAGACUAUUUACACGCUGUGUACAUAUUAGAGGCGUUACGUUGCCGCAAGUAGGCGGACUGCUUUAGUCUUUUAGUAGCUGCGCGGGCACCGUUCCAUCGAGGUCUUUGACAAGACACGAGACGCGCAAUACGUUUUAUCUAUUCCUCUUACAUUUCUAUGAUCAUUAAAUCAAGUUGCAUAACUUUUUUAUCAGCAGAAUCGAGUUUCCCAAAGAGAUUGUGAUCGUAUGAUUUUCUUUUUCUUUUCUUUCAAAAUUGUCCAUGGAUUAAUAUUUCUUUCCAACAAAGAAGAAAAAUGUUCAUGGAUCUAAAUUGGUUGAUAGAAUCAAUGAAGAUGAAAAGAAGAUAUUCAUUAUCACAAAAAGAAACAUUCUAUUAAUCGCAACUUUAAUUUUGAAAUCCACCGUGAUCUCUUUUACUAUGAACAUAGUGAAUCCAUGACGGAAGAUCGGGAGCAUUGAGCAAGGACGGUUGCAGCAGUAGCAACAGCAGUAACAGCAGUAGUGCGAGCUUUGAUGUAAACGGGAUACGGUGGAUGACCGCGGCCUCUCCUUGGCGUAGGGGUUGAUUUUUCCCUCGGUCGGUACUGAUUCCUGUCGUAAAUCAUCGUCGCCGCCAUCGUCAUCGUCAUCGUCAUCGUCAUCGUCAUCGUCGUCUUCUCUUCGGCAGUGCAGUGCGCGCGCGUUAUAACAACUUUUUGUGACAGGUUGUGUGUGCAACCGAGCGUACGUCUUAAGAAAAAAGAAAGAAGAGAAGAGAGAGAGAGAAAGAAAGAGAGAGAGAGAGAGAGAGAGAGAGAGAGAGAAAGCGCGUACACGCGCGGUGCAUACGCACACAUUGCGCAUUCACGUCGUUUCAAGGGCCUCCUCGACGUAGCUCCUCUCCUCAAGAGGAUCCACAACGAGGAUAUAGUUCGCUCAAUUUUUUCUUCUCUUCUUCUUUCUGUAUUCGUUGUACUCUCGAGAAUGGCUACCAUCGAAGGAGUUUCGAUUCUUUUGGUCACAGCAAACGUCGGCAGUAUCUUCGAAGAGCCUAGUGUCAUGUUAAAGAUAUGGACAGAAGAAUUUUUAUCGACCAUAUCGCGUCUAGAUUCGAAGUUUAUAGCGCUGCACUGCCAAGAAGUAGGUGGAAAAAAUUAUGAACAAAGUAUGAGACAUGUGGAAGAUUUUGUUAGGUUACUAAUGUCGUCGGAAGAACUAAGAUUGUUUGACAAAACAAGAGUAUUUCUAGAUGAAGAUUAUUCGUCGGCUGAACAUUUUACAGCAUUGGGAAAUUUUUAUUUUAUUCAUGAGUCUUUAAAAGAUGUUUUAUUAUGGGAUUUCAAAGAAUGCUCUUUUGCACCAGUAUGUGGCAAAGAAAUUCAUUCUGGCAAUAUAGAAGCAGUUACAACCAAAGAAAAAGCAAAGUUCCCUCAAGACUUUUUUCCCGAAUGUAAAUGGUCCAGAAAAGGAUAUUUGCGAACACGAUGGAGUAUUAGUGGAACAGUUUUUGAUCUCAUAAAUAUACACUUGUUCCAUGAUGCAAGUAAUUUUAUUGCUAUGGAAACUUUUCCAUCCGUUUAUAGUAAAACGCGCAGAAGAGCGCUGGAACAUACGUUAGAUAGAUUUCACAGUGACAAAUAUCCAAAAGCACCAUACUUUUUAUUUGGUGAUUUUAAUUUUAGAACUGAUACUGCUGGUGUAAUUAAGAAACUUACUGAAGAUACUCAAGAAAGAAAACUAUCGAAUAAAGGGAAUAUUUCUAAAUUACAAUUUCACAACAAGGAAGAUAAUCUUGUAUUAUCAUUGGGGAAAAAAGAAUUUUCAUAUUAUGAACAUCAAAAUGUUUUUGUUAAUAAUAGUGGACAAUGGCUACGAGAAUAUGACAAGGAAUUGGAAGACUUUGAAGGAAGAUUGUUUGAAUUUCCGAUUAAUUUUAUUCCAAGUUAUCCUUUUCAAGAAGAUGUAAAUGAAGCCACAAAUUACAUGCAAACAAGAGUGCCAGCUUGGUGUGACAGAGUAUUACUGAGUCCCACAGCAAAGAUGCUAGUCCAAAAUAUAUCCUCUUCUAAUGCAGUAGAGUAUGGUAUAAUAGGAAGAACAACUUGCAUGGGUGAUCAUAAGCCAGUUUACUUGAGGGUUAAUCUCGCACCAGAAGCAGGUAUGAUUAAUUGCUGCAGCUUGCCAUGUGCACCAGAGUUUUGCUUUCGAGUUCCUGACAAUUAUUUGGAUUUGUUACCAAUGUUGCCUGAUAGCACCAGUUACAUUAGUGCACGAACGCUCUCUGCUGAUCGUUCAUCCAACCUUUUGUACGCAGCACCUAUUAAGCAUGAUCCCUAUACUCCAGAUAGUAUGGACAGUCCAAGUCCAAAUGCUAUUUUAGUGUCAGGUGAAGUUCCUGAUAUAGAUAUCGAUCAUAUAAUUGAUGCUAGUGACAGUGUUUUAACGCUUCAAUCAGCUCACUCGUCGAAUAUAACAAGACGUAUUGAUAGAGCUGUAUCUCCAGCUUUAUUGAAAUCAAAAUUAGAAUUAAUCGCACGUGAUAAAAAACGUGAAGCAGAUAUGGAACGACAAUCUAUUAUGAAAAAGAGUUCCAGUCAAUGUCGUUUACACUCAUGGCCUGAAACUCAGGAACAAUAUUUAGACAUAGAGAAAAGGAGAUGCAAUAGCGACAUUUUAUGGCAAAGAUCGCAUAUAUUAACUGAAGCUUGGAUCGAAGGAAAAGGCCAACAGGGAUAUCAUAAUUUUGAUGACUCUAUGAAUUUAUCAACUUCUAAUUUAAAUCCUCCUGGUGGUGAAUUGAUUAUACCACGUAUAGCAAUAAUAAAUGCAAGUAACAUUGAAUCCAAUGAAAGUUCAGUUUACUUGCAUGAUAAUAAAUGCAAUAAUUAUUUAGAGAAUAAAUCAAAUAUAUACUCAAGUAGUCAAACUAAUCUAACAUAUGAAGAGCCAUUAAAUGCAGAAAAAAGAACUCAGGAAACUGGACUGCAUCUAUUGUUAGCUGCAAACGAGGAAUCAUUGAAACAAGAUGUACAGAAAUAUUUAAAUGAAAAGUCAAUAGAAGAUAUAACAUCAGUAGGUAGCAAAAUAAACGAAUUAAUGGAAGAAACUUCUGAUGAAAAUAUACACAACGUACAAGAUAUACGAUCAAAUGUAGAUGGUGAAAAUCAUUAUAGUGAAAUACAUAGAAGCUGUGAAGCGGAUAAUAUGUUAACUGAUAGUAAUGUGAAUUUAUGUGUUUCAAGAGAAAAUUUGGAAAGUGAGGAAAUUCAUUCCAAAGAAUUUUGUAUCAAAAUUGAUAGUACAAGUAUAGAGGAGUGUAGGAAACAAGAUAGAGUAGUUAAUACACAGUCACAAAUUUCGGGUCAAGACAAGUGUGAUAGUGACAUAAAAACAGCAUCUUCGAGUGUAUGUAGGACAAUAGGUAACGAUGUAGAGAUAUUGAGGUGUGAGAGUAAGCAAGAGAUGGCUUCCAAAAAUACUACUAGAAGUAAUUCAAUAAAAAGUCAAGAUAUUAGCGAUAAUACAGGGAAUGUUAGAUUGAAAUUAAAAGCAUACAAAGUAACGCAAAAAUAUAAAAAUAAUAUUGUACAAAAGCAGAGUAGAUGUCAAAGAUGUUGCUGCGUUGUUUCAUGAGAGUCAUUAUUCAUUAUUAUUUUCUUAAAAGGUCCUACUUUUUCUAUUCCAUGUUUUUCAUUAUAACUAUUAUCACUUCCAUAGAGUAUUUAUUUAACAUAAAUCGUUCUAUUUCAUUUUUAUAUUUCCAGUUCAAAUUAUGACUGAUUAUGACUGGUAUAUAAAUCAAAGAUACAUUAUUUAAAUAUUUCUUAUAAAGAAAUAGUAUUACUUUUUCUUAUGUGCCUUAAGAAGUUAUAAUGUAGUAAGUAGGAAGAAAUAAAAACUAGAAAAAUGUAGAAUGAUAAUAGAAGAGAAUAAUUUUAAUAUAUUUUAUGUGAAAAUAAGAAUAAUAACACUCGAACAUUAUAUUUCAUUUAAAAUUAGAUUUUGUCCGAUUUACUUCCUGCUUAUAUUUGUAAAAAUAUAAAUAUUUUCUUUAGUUGCAUGUAAUGUGACGAUUUUAGUAGAUGCAUCCGAAGCUUUAUCAUACUGCCUUGAUAAUUAUUUUCUAACAAAUGCUAUUGAAAUACAAAUUUAUUUUGCACUCUAAGAUUCGCAAUGAAUAUCUUUAUAUUUAAACUAUAUGAAUUUAAUUAUAAUACUUGCCUUAUUCAUAAUGCAUGUUUGAAAUAAACCAGACAUAGUUUUAGAAAGUUAUUAUUUCUAGAAAAUUAUGUUUGAAAUCUAAGAUAUCAGUAUUUUUUUAUGCGAAAUGACGACUAUUUUAUUUUUAAAUAGUUUCUGAUUUGAUAGUUAACAAAAAAUAAUGUCAAUUGUACUAUUACAUAAUGUCUUCUAAGGUUUAAUUUCAAUUUCCUAUUGAAAUCCUGCUUUUUUUAACGCUUCAAAAUGUAAAACUUCUUAAAAUAAGCAUGUCUCGAUCUUUCUUGCAUGUGAAGUGAUAUCUAGGAGACUUAUUUAAUCUAUAAAGCACUUAUUAUAUCAAGAUGUGUAUGUAUACAUGUAUAUACUACAUCUGAUAUGUGAACUUAAUAGCCAAAGCUCUAGAUUUGUUAUAAUUCUAAAAUAUAUAUUAAUUUAUCUAAUAAAUAUUGUGAAAAUAUGA